AUGAGUGUGGAGUGUGGCAAGAGCUUCAGGUGGAAUUGCGACCUGAUCAGGCACCAGAGGACCCACACUGGCUCCACCCUUGUAAAGUACCAGCGCAUCCACACCGGGAAACUGCCCUAUGAAUGUGAGGAAUGUGAGGAGAGCUUUGGACACAAAGGGACCCUGAUCCAGAAUCAGAGGAUCCACACUGGGGGAUGGCCCUACGAGAGUGGGGAUUGUGGGAUGAGCUUCAGGUGGAGAUCUGACCUGAUCAAGCAUCAGGGGACCCACAUGGGGAACGGCCCUACAAGUUGUGGGACGGAAUUCAUGCGCAACUCCCACCUCAUCACCCACUGGCACAUCCACACUGGGGAGAGGCCCUACAAGUGUCCCCAAUGUGGGAAGAGCUUCUCCAGCAGCUCUCACUUGACCCAACCAACGGAGGCACCGGCCCGCGACAGAUGUCCCCACCGCAUCCAGGGGCCACUCCGAGGGCCAGGCAGCAAGGGAGAGAACAGUGAUGUCAGCACCGCUGUCGAGAAGCCCGCGGAGGUGGAUUUCCGACGGUGUCGCACCAGGAACAGACAGGGUGCUGGUUGCAAGCCGGCAAAGGAGACCUCCAUCGGCACCUGGCAUAUCAACAACAACUGCACGCCUGGGGUCUUCUGGCGCCAGCGCAGCAUUCCGCCUCACCGCUUGGGCUGCCAGACGAGCCCACUUGGUCUCAAAAACACCAAAUUGCACAGGGUCAAAAAGAGAAUGUGCCACACAACGGACAUCGGAAAGCCUGGGGACCCCCUGGCAAAGCCACCGCACCUGCCGUGCCCCGAUCCUUGGGCCCCCCAGAGACAGGAGGGAUUGAUUGACUGGGAGCCGGGGCAACACCACUCAUCCCUGCGCCCCCUGCAGCACCAGCAGAGCCAAAGGAAUCCACCCCCCGACCCUGCAGAUGCCUUCCGGCCGGAGCCGCCUCGGCGGCCGCAGCUGCUGGCACAGCCCGCACAUCUGGCACAGCGCCAGACGCAGCCGGCGCGGGGCCCCUAUCCCCCGAUACGGGGGCGGGGUGGAAUGCCGAGGGAGGCGCAGCCCGCGGAGCCGCGUCACUGCGGGGCGGCACAAGGGAGCGGGGCAGGCCCCCUGUGA